GACACCGAAACCGAGGAAGAAGCCCCAAAGCUGAACUGGGUCGAACGAGGUUGGGCGCCAUGGGAGGAGAUUCUCUCUCCUGGGGUGGAUUUCGCCAGAAAAUCGCUCAAUGAGGGGGAGGAAGUAGCAUUGAAGAACCCGGACACGAUUGAGGCAUUCAAGAUGCUGAAACGCAGUUACAGGAAGAAGAAGAUGAAGGAGAUGGGGUUGACUGAGGAUGUGUAUAAAGAAACGAAUUCUCACCCACAGGAAAUAAUUGAGUUCCCAUCCGUGGUUGUGAACAGUAGAACUGGCCAAUUGGAGGACUGUUUUCAUAUGUAUGUGCGGCCUACACAUCAUAAUCUACUGUCUGACUUCUGCAAAUCACUUACAGGUGGAGUUCAACAUAAUAAUGUUCAAGGAGGAGGAGAUAGAAGAAACAGAACAGCUUUAGGAGACAUUGGAAAUGUAGUAACUUCAAGAGUGGGAUUAAUUGUUGAUGUGGAUGAUUAGAGCACGGGGUUUAUAAUCUGUCGCGACUAAAAGAAUCAGCAACCAACAGAUUCAAGUCUUUUCACAUCCCUGUUGAUUGGAUGCUUGACACCGGAUUCGUCAGUCAGGU